AUGACAGCUGUUUUUACUGCAGCCGAGUGGUUUCAUGCUAUAAGCACCGGACGAUAUGAGGUGGUGAAGUUAAGUGUCAAAAGUAUGAGGACCACUAAAAACGAGAAAGGAGAGACAGGGCUUAUGGUCGCUGCCUGUCAUUCAGAUACGCAGAUGGUCUCUAUUUUACUUGAACAUGAAGCCGGUGCCGUGAGUUCCCAGGGUUACACUGCACUUAUGUUAGCGGUAAAGUACGCAGAUGAAAAGACAGUUAAUAUACUUAAGGAUUUUGAAGCCAAUCGGGUCGACAGCAAUGGAUCAACCGCCUUGAUGCUAGCUAUCGAAGCUUCUCGUACAGGAAUCGCUGAAUUGCUACUCCCUUACGAAAAAGGACGGCAACGGAACGAUGGUGCCAGCGCAUUGAUGUUAGCUGCAAAACAGAAUCAAUACCAUCUUGUGCUUAAGCUUCUUGAUGAUGAAGAGGAUCUGAAGGAUGACAUAGGGAUGACUGCGCUAAUGUAUGCGACAAAGGAUAAUCGUUUUAACGCAGCUGAAGCUCUCUUCAUAACACAAGCUGGUCGACGAGCACACGACGGCACCACAGCAUUCAUGCUAGCUGUUGAAAACGAGAAUCGAAAGAUAGCAGAGAUGCUGCGGGAGCGCGAAAUAGGGAUGCAGAAAACAGACGGGACUACAUCACUCAUGAUAGCUGCCAGCAGGGGAUCCCUAGAGGGUGUGAAGCUAGCUAUUGAUGGUGAAGCCAAAAUGUGUAAUAAAAAGGGUGCCACAGCCACAUACUUUGCAGCAGAGAAAGGAAAUUAUAAGCUAGUUGAAUAUCUUAUCGCACACGGCGACCAUGAGGGCGAAGUUGCAAAUCAGGACAAGAACAAUUUUGUUUCCAUACUAAUUGCUGCAGAAAAGGGAUACUCUAAUAUAGUAGAUCUUCUUUAUCCUUACCAGAUUGAAUAUACAGACAUUAAGCAAAAUAGCGCAAUGCAUAUAGCGGCCAUGCACAAACAUACGGAAAUAGUUCUAAAAUUGGUCCUUAUGCAGGCAGGGUUGCAAAAUAUAGAUGGUGUCACAGCUUUGAUGAUAUCCAGUGACAAUGGAGAUAUUUCUGCAGUUCGCGCGCUCAUAGACAAGGAGGCAGGUAUCCAGGAUAAGAACGGCAUGACUGCGUUAAUGUAUGCAGCUCGCUCUGGAAAUACGGAGGCAGUGAAGCUUCUCUUUCCAAGGGAGAAGCUGAUGAAGGAUGCUGAAUCUCAGACAGCACUGAUGUAUGCUACACAAAAUGGGCAUACACGUGCUGCGUUUGCAUUGAUGGAGGAGGCAAUGAUUCGAGACAAGAAAGGUCGAACAGCACUAAUGCGAGCUGCAGAAACUAAUGACAAGGGAAGUGUUGACGCUUUAAAAAGCGAACUGCGCAUUCAGGAUCGUGAUGGCUGCACAGCACUUAUGAGGGCUGCAGAACGAAAUCACGAGAAGAUAAUUCCUUCUCUUUUGUCUGUAGAAUCUUCAUGUGUAGAUAAGGACGGGAGAACAGCUCUUAUUAAGGCGAUUCUUGCGGGUCACCAAAGCGCAGCACUGCUACUUGUUGACAAGGAGGCUGGACGUGCAGAUAUAAAUGGAUGCACAGCCCUUAUGUAUGCGGCAGAAGCUGGUUUCGACACACUAUGCGGGGCCCUAAAGUCUGAGUUAGGCAGACAGGACAAGGAAGGAAAGACAGCUCUAAUGAAGGCCAUUGCUAAGAAUGCCAUAAGCUGUGCUUUUACCUUGCUACCUAGCGAGCGGAAGAAAACAGAUCUUACCGGGCUAACUGCUCUCAUGGAGGCGGCACGACUGGGAAAUCUUAAGCUGAUUAAAGAACUCCUGGAUUAUGAAUCGCGAAUGGUGGAUGUUGAUGGUACUACGGCACUGAUGUAUGCACUAAUGUAUGGUCACCCAGAUGCAGCCGACUUGCUUUUAGAGAGAGAGGGUGGUACGCAACGCAAAGACGGAUUGACUGCAAUGCAUAUUGCAGCAGAAAAAGGAUACACAGAUAUUGUCCAACGAUUGAUGGAAUUAGAAAUAAAUAUGAAUACAUUAGCGGGUACAUCUGCUCUUAUGAUUGCCUCUAAACUUAAUCACAAGGAGAUCGUACAGAUGUUGUUUAAAGGUCAGUCUAGACGAAUGGAUGACAUGGGCCGGACGGCUCUGAUGAUGGCUGCAGAGUCAAACGCAGUCGAGUCGGUAGUGAUAUUGAUUACGAAUGAAAUAGGUCAGCAAGACUACUCUGGCUGCACUGCCCUCAUCUUGGCACUACAAGCGAACAGCUUGAAGGUUGUGGAUCUGUUGCUAUCUCGAGAGGUAGGCAUAGCAGAAAAUUCUGGAAAGACAGCUUUAAUGUAUGCCAUUGAGUGUGGACACAUGAGCAUUGCUAAGCAGAUCAUACACAUGGACUAUGAAAAGCACGCCAGGGGCGUUGUCUAUCAAAGACCAGAAGAGUAUGCCAGGGUUGGAUUCAAAGAACUUCGGGCUAGGACAAAAACUGGAGAAACCGCCAUAAUCAUAUGCGCACGCAGAGAAGGAAACGAAGUACUUAAGGAGCUACUAAAGUAUGAAGGCGACUGCUGCUUAGAUGAUGGAACGACACCACUAAUGGCUGCUAUCUGUGCAGGCUGUGAAGCCGCAGUAAAAAUACUCGCACCUGUGCAAGCUGGUCGCGCAGAUAGUCACCGUAAGACGGCACUUAUGAUGGCCGUAGAGCGCGGACUUAAUUUUGCAAUACCCCUACUGAUCAGUCGUGAAGGAAAAAUGACCACUACAACUGGUGAAACAGCUCUAAUGUUUGCCGCACAGUACGACAAUCGCGAGGCGACGCGUUUAUUAUUGGCUGCAGAGGCGCAGAUGACGAGGCGAGACGGAACCACUGCUCUCUGGACCGCUAGCAUGUUAGGUCACACAGAGAUAGUGAAGAUACUCAUGGGACAGGAAGCAAAGCUCCGUAAAACUGAAGACAAUAUGAGCUGCAUGAUGAUCGCCGCAAAGAAUUGGCACAAUGACAUAGUAAGAAUUCUUUUACCUCUGCAGGCAAGGCAAGCCACACGAGAAGGCUAUACCGCGUUAAUGUACGCGGCUAUGAACGGUAAUAUCGUGGGACUUAGCUGUCUUCUUCCGCAUGAAGCGCACAUGGUAGACCUCAAGGGCCAGACUGCGCUUAUGCAUGCAGCAUCCGUUGGGACCCUUCCAGCUAACACCAUGAGACCGUGCAUAAACUUUUUGUCAGGCGCGGAGGUUACAGCGAAAGACAACCAGGGCCUCACAGCCCUCAUCUACGCAGUCAGACACGAGAAUGCAUUUGCAUUUCCCUACCUCGCAGAGGAACUCACUCUCACAGAUAACAAAGGUCGCAGCGCGUAUGAUCAUGCUAUAGAGAUUGGAAGCAGCUUUAUUAAAAACCUUAGCGAGCUAUACGCAUCUAAAGCCCAUCUAACUCCAAAAGUCAUGUACCGAUUUGUCACCUGGCUUCCUGCUGUGGUCAAGCGAUCACUGGACAGUGAGUUUAUUCGCAAGCAGGGCUACUUUGCAUUGCUUAUAGACGUAUUCUGUCGUACCAUUAUUGACGACCUUGAUAAUCCCCUUAUCAGUCACGAGCGACAUGCACGAACUUGUCUGGAGACCUUCCUUGACUUAGAUUCUCCGGGUGAGAUCUUUAGAAGUUAG